AGCGCGCAGGCGCAGUGUAGGCGCAGUCGCCAUAGUUGGCUUCACUAGGCGUGCGGUGGCAGUCGCGUCCAUUUUAUGAAUAUAAGUAAACGGCAACUGAAUGAGUGUGAACAAAGUGAGCCCCUCGACAUGAGUUUGAAUAAACGGGCCCGAGAUGAACCAGUAGUAAAUGAGCCCCUUGACAUGCGUUUGGAGGAAGGGCAAGAUCCAUCACAACAAAAUUGUCCAUUAGAUUUGUCAAUGGGAAAAAGAAAAUCAGAUGGAAUAAUAAAGUCACCAGUCAGCGGUCUGCAUGGGUUAAAGAAAACGGAGGCAGUUGUGAAUGAUGAUUUGUCAUUGGGGAUAGAGAAGUCAGAUGGAGUGAGUGUGUCACCAGUCAGUAGCCUGCAAGAGUUAAAAAAAACUGAGGAAACUGUGGGUCUUGAUUUGUCAAUGGGAGGAAGAAAGUCAGCAGUCAGCAGCCUGCGUGGGGUAAAGAAAAGCAACACAACCGUACAGGGUGAAAGGGCUGCGACAUCUGAGGAGGUGAUAAAAAUACCAUGUGUUGUGGAAGAACCUGGAGUUAGAUACCCCCUUGAUGUUUGGUUCCUCAUAGCAGAUUACAUUGUUCCUGAAAGUGUGGGGAAAUUUGCCAGAAUAUGUAAAGAUUCUCUGCAUGUCACUUACACUGCCAUCUUUUGGUGCAAAUUGUUCAAGAGAUACUGCACUGAUGGCCGCAUCACAGAAGCAUCAUUUAAAGUUAUACGGAAACAACGUGGGUUGAGAACUAGGGUGAUACGGUCAUUGCAUCGCAUCUACAAACCGUUGGCGAUGAAGAGAGAAACAGAUUUAAAUCCACCCAUGUUACUGAACAGAUUGAUUAGGAGCCAGUGGGUUGAGAGAAAUAGAAGAGGCACGGAAUGGAUUUACCACUUUGAAUUGUAUGAUUUUUAUAACAAGAGCAGAUGGAAACCAGAAAAGUUUGACGAAUGGUGGAAUGAUAUCACAGUCAAUCAAUCGGCCUACUGUGUAAUGCUAAAGCACGAACAGCUGGUUUUGGAGAAGUGCAAUAAUCAGUAUGAAAUACCAGUUAAAAUCCGAUGUUCAAAUUUUGCUCUACACUUUACGAAUGGAGCAGGAAAGGGAGGAAAUAAUAGUGAUACAAGAAGUAUCGCCACCACACACAAUAACAUCUUCACGAGAAGUGGAGUUGCCAAAACUUCAGGGACUUGUACUGCGAGAGAUUAUCCUUGUCAAAAUGGAAAAUACAAUGACGAAAAUAAAAUGCAUACUCCACUCUUGCCCUAUGUUAACUAAUAAAGAAAAGAAGGUAUUCAUUUUUCAAACAGAAAUGCCAAUACUACGCACAAGGGUUCUGAAUUGGUGGAGCCCUUACUACCCCCGCAAGGCUAACUGUCCCUAGAGGGGUUGAGCACAAUUUGGCUAAAAAUAUCCAGCCUGGAGAGCCAAAUUCUAUCACAGGAUUCAACAGCACAAAAGUGUAAAUUAUCAGUGAGCCCUAAGAUAUUACUCCCUGAUCCACAUUCAGCAUCCAUUCUUGAUAAGUGUUCUCUGAAAGGGCAUUUUUGUUUAAUUGAUCAUUAAAUAUCCCUAGUGAUAAGCUGUUUUCAAAAAUUACAUUUUAAAAACCUGUUAAAAUCGGUGUUACUCCCAUUGUGACUCAUAUAUUUAGAAACAAGAGCACAAAAGCAUAACUUAUCUGUGUUAAUACAAAUAAUCCCAGUGUUGUUCCUGUAGAAUGAUAUUCAUUGAUCGAUGUUCAGCAUCCAUUCUUGAUAAGUGUUUUCUGAAAG